ACCCAACAAGACAAAAUAGAUAAUUGAAAAUAAUUGAAUCUACUUUGAGAGAGAGAGAUUAAAAGGUCAAGCAUCUAAUUUCCUUCGGUAUUCCAUAUUUUCCAUUGCUGCAUUGUUUCUUCCACUUGCAGUUGCAGAUGGAAGAAGAAAAUGGUCUGAAACUCGCUUUAAUUUCAGUUCAAGAAAAUGGAGAUCCGAGAAACAGGGACUGUGGAAGUGGUGAGAGAAAAAAAAUCGACGAGAUAAAGACUCAGAUCGCAUUGGCUGGGCCACUGAUAGCAGUGAAUCUGUUCCAGCAGAGUCUGUGUGUGAUCUCACUCAUGUUCGUGGGGCAUUUGGGUGAACUUUCACUCUCUGGAGCUUCAUUGGCCACUUCUUUUGCCAAUGCCACAGGCUUCAGCUUGCUGUCGGGCAUGGGAAGUACACUGGAGACAUUGUGUGGGCAGGCUUAUGGCGCAAAACAGUACCAUAUGCUUGGGAUAUAUAUGCAGAGAGCCCUUCUUGUGCUUUCUCUCUUCUGUGUCCCACUUACUUUCAUUUGGGCCUCAACAACGACAGUCCUCAAAGCCAUGGGGCAAGACAUAGAGAUAUCAGAGGAAGCUGGAAGUUUCAUCAAGUGGAUGAUCCCAAGCCUCUUUGCCAAUGCGGUGCUUCUAAUUCAUUCUCGAUUCCUUCAGACCCAAAACAUCGUUCUUCCGAUGAUGAUAACUGCUGGUUUCACAGCUCUGUCGCACAUUAUUACUUGUUGGGCUCUUGUUUUCAAGUGCGGUUUGGGAAGUAAAGGUGCUGCUAUGGCGAUUUCCAUAUCUUACUAUGUAAAUGCAAUCCUUUUGGUUCUGUAUGUCAAGUUCUCACCAGCUUGUAAGAUGACAUGGUCUGGUUUUUCGAAGGAGAGUUUUCAUGACCUUUCUGGCUUUUUGAGGUUGGGGAUCCCUUCAGCGGCAAUGAUCUGCUUGCAGUGGUGGUCAUUUGAGCUGCUUGUUUUCAUGUCUGGCCUUCUACCUAAUCCGAAGCUUGAAACUUCCAUUCUUUCGAUAAGCUUAAAUACAAGUUCAUUCAUCUACAUGAUCCCCUACGGUCUCAGCGGUGCAAUAAGUACAAGGGUUUCCAACGAGUUGGGUGCUGGGCGACCACAAGUUGCACGCUUUGCAGUGGGAGUCGCCGUCCAAAUGGCUCUUGCAAUGAGCAUCUUGGUGGCAGUGACCCUCAUUCUUUUGAGGCAUGUACUGGGUCAAGCAUACAGUAAAGAAGAAGAGGUUGUAGACUAUAUGUCUCAGAUGAUACCAUUGCUUGCAACCUCUGUUUCUUUCGAUGGAGUGAAUUGUGUCCUUUCAGGCACUGCAAGAGGGUGUGGUUGGCAGGAGCUUGGGGCAUUUGUUAAUCUUGGGGCUUAUUACAUUGUGGGUAUUCCUGCUGCCAUUGCUUUGGCAUUUGUACUCCACAUGGGUGGGAAGGGGCUAUGGAUGGGUAUUACAUGCGGGCUUCUAGUGCAAAUGGUUGUUUUUGUCAGUAUCACCUUGUGCACUGACUGGGAACAACAAGCACAAAAAGCUCGAGAAAGAAUUUAUAAUUUGACCUUGCCCUUAGACAUGGUCUUAUCAGAGGACCACACAAUGUGAAUAUUAAUCGUGGCUGCAUUGGAGAGUGGCUUGGGCUUUGGCGGUAGUAUUACUGAGCCCUAUGGUAAGGUCUCUGACUUCAUUCUCACCAAAAGAUAGGGCUCCAAAUCCCCACUGACUUACCACUUUAUUUACCCAAAAAAAAUUAUGAUUGCAUUGCUUUGAUGAUACGCCUCCACUGGCAGACUAUCAUAGUGGCUCAUAGAAGUUUUUAUGCAGAAGGCCCAUAUUGUGUAAAUUAUUUUUAAAAAAGAGUUCACGUUGACAUAAUGGCCCACAUGUAAGACGACAAAGACAAAAUUUCAUGUAAGGCUAACAAAAGUAAUAUUAUGGUAUUCUAUAAUGUUCAUUUUA